AUGCUUUUACAUUUUCACAAUAUAAUUUCAGUUCUCUGUGACAAUGUUAUCACACCACAAAAUGGUGCUUUCACGUCAGUCACAGAUGGAGAAACUUCAACUGUAGUCUUUACGUGCGAUGAGGGAUUCACUUUAAAAGGAACAAGUGAUGUGACAUGUGCUGUAUCAGGGAAAUACGAAGCUUCUGAGCCAACUUGCUCACAAUGUGAUAUUCUGAUUCAACCAGAAUCUGGUACCAUGACAACAUCAACAAAUGGUACUAUUACUGUGGUAACCUUUGACUGUAGUUCAGGAUACCAUCUCCAUGGAGAUUCUAGUCUUAGUUGUGGCACAGACGGAACUUGGAAUGGGUCAGAACCAGAAUGCCGAUGUGAUCUGCCUCCAUCUAUUACAAAUGGUUACUACAAUAUAAGUUCUAAUGGAUCUGAUAUUACAUAUACAUGUCUGGAAGGGUUUACAAUAAAUGGAGAGAAAAACCAAGUGUGCCAAAGCAAUGGACUUGGCUGGGAUUCAGUUCAGCCGUUAUGUGUUGAGUGCGGCAGUUUGAAUUCUCCUGAGAAUGGUUCUAUAGAGUUAUCAUCUGAUGGUUCCGUAACGUCUGCCGAGGUAUCCUGUGCUGUGGGAACUUCACUUGUUGGGGAACCAAACAUUGAAUGCACAGAUACAGGCAUCUGGUCAGUGUCUGCCUUUACUUGUGAAACCUGUGAGGAUAUAUCAGCCCCAGAGAAUGGUAAUAUUGCCAUCAGUACAAAUGGUACAAUGUCUGUGGCAAAUUUCCAAUGCAAUACAGGUUAUACACUUUCUGGAAGCGAAGUUUCAACAUGUAACUUGGACGGAACAUGGUCCUCUUCUCCGCCAAAUUGUGUAAAAUGUCCUACAGUGGGUGACGUUGACAAUGGCGAUGUUUCAGCUACGUCUGAUGGACUGUCAACAUCUAUUCUAUACACAUGUCAUUCUAACUACAUCAUAAAAGGAUCUGAAUUAUUGGUCUGUAGAUCAGAUGGAAGCUGGAAUGAUUCAAUACCAACAUGUGUUUGUGACCCACCACUGUCAUUGGUUGAUGGCAACUACACAAUAAGUGCCGAUGGUAUGACAUUGACAUAUAGAUGUGAUGUGGGUUUUUCAAUGGUCGGCUCAAAUGUUCGAACAUGUGCUACAGACUCCUCUGGUUGGUCUGGAUUCCCUCCUACUUGCAAUAAAUGUGAGGAUAUUUCAUCAAUUGCUGAUGGUGAUGUGUUGAUCACAACAAAUGGAAGUACUUCCUCAGUAACUUACACUUGUUACCUUGGUUACAGUGUCUCCAGUGAUUACUCUGCUACCUGUGAUGAGGAUGGACAUUGGGAUAUCUCUGCGCCCACAUGUUUGCAGUGCCCCUCUAUUGAAUCUAUACAGAGUGGGAUUGUGAGUGAAUCUACUAAUGGUACAGUAACUACAGCAGUGUAUGAAUGUCUAACUGACUAUUAUAUUGUUGGUGAUACUAUACGACAAUGUAAAGAUGGAACAUGGAGUGGAGCAGCACCAGUUUGCUUAUGUUCAUCAUCAUUGUUCUUUGCAAAUGGAGUGGCACAGUCAAACGGUUCUGUUAUAUCAUACACAUGUGAUUCUGGCUAUUCUCUAAAUGGUGCAACAGAAAGAGUUUGUCAAGAUAAUGGACUUGGCUGGAGUUUAACUGAGCCAUCAUGUGAAAAAUGUGAUUUGUUGUCAGUACCAACUGGUGGUAAUGUAACAAUAUCAACUGAUGGUUCUGUCACUAAAGCCUCAAUCUCGUGUAUGACUGGAUACACAAUGUCUGGGAUAUCUACAUUAACAUGUGGUUCUGAUGGCUCUUGGGAUAUACAAACACCCUCUUGUGGAGUUCCAUGCUCAGCUCUUGGUUCACCAACCGGUGGUCAUGUGACUGUACAGUCAGAUGGAUCAACUACUACAGCUGUGUAUGAGUGUUACACAAAUUACACGCUUAAUGGACCAUCACAGUUAACCUGUAGAAGUGACGGGUCAUGGGAUUUCUUAGAACCAACUUGUGUGCAAUGCGGGGUUAUAACUUCACCAACAAAUGGAUAUGUUUACCAUAACAUCUGAUGGAUCAACAAGUAGUGCCACAUUUUCAUGCCACACAGACUAUUACUUAGACGGGUCUAGCUCAUCAGCUUGCAGUUCAUUUGGGGCAUGGAGUAAUCCAGUACCUA